CGCCGCGGGACCCCGGCAAAUCACAUCCGGAAGAGGGGGCGCGAGGGGCGGAGCGUGCCUCAGAGCAGGAGACGACUCCUCCCCCGCGCCGCUCGCGGUGCCUCCGCCGCCGCACCUCUGCUUCGCAGUACCCGCAGUCCGGCCUGCACCCUUCGAACCCCUCCAGGCUCCCACCGGUGAUGGCGGACGAGGGCACCGGGGCCUUGGAGAGUGCCGCGCACCCGCCAGCUGACCCCGCCCAGGACGGGGACGUGAGCCCGGCCCCUGCCGCCUGCUCCGGAGAAAUGGAGGACCCAGGGCGCCCCGAUCCUGCAGCUGGCCCUGGGCGCUGGGAAGCGGCCUCUGCGGCGACUGUCCCUGACCUGCAAGACGACACGGUGGGGAAGGAGGCCCCAGAAACCUGUGGCGCAGACGAGUGGGGGGCUCUCCCCGGAGCCGGUGGGAGGGCCGAGGAUGUGACCACCGAGAAGGGAGCCAUCUUCAUGGAGGAAGUGGAGAAACCGGUGGGGGAGGAGAAGCUAGAGGUGGGCGCCGCCGAUGUCCUUGGGGACCCAGGCCCUUUCAACCUCGAACGCCUAAUUGUAGACCCACUGGAGGCCAUCCAGUGGGAGCUGGAGGCGGUCAGCGCCCAGGCCGACAGGGCCUACCUGCGGCUGGAGCGCCGCUUUGGGCGGAUGCGCCGGUUGCACCUAGCCCGGAGGAGCUUCAUCAUCCAGAAUAUUCCGGGCUUCUGGGUCACUGCCUUCCUAAACCACCCGCAGCUGGCAGCCAUGAUCAGUCCUCGAGAUGAAGACAUGCUCGGCUAUCUGAUGAACUUGGAGGUGAGGGAGCUCAGGCACGCCAGGAUGGGUUGCAAGUUCAAGUUCCGGUUUUGGAGCAACCCGUACUUCCGAAAUAAGGUGAUCGUGAAGGAGUACGAGUGUGGAGCCUCGGGCCGGGUGGUGUCCGUGGCCACUCGCAUCCGCUGGCACCGGGGCCAGGAACCACCGGCCCUAGUGCACCGCAACCGGGACACUGUCCGCAGUUUCUUUAGCUGGUUCUCCCAGCACAGCUUGCCUGAGGCUGACAGGGUGGCCCAGAUCAUCAAAGAUGACCUGUGGCCCAACCCCCUGCAGUACUACCUCCUGGGGGAGAGACCCCGCAGGGCUAGGCGUGGCCUGGCCAGAUGGCCUACAGAGGCCCCUACCCGGCCCUAUGGGUUCCAAUCUGGCUAAGUGGGCUUUGGGGUGGCACCUCCAUGGUGACCCCCUCUGCCUUUGCCUUCUACCUGCCCACCUGUGCUCAGGCCAGCGGUGGCUAUGGGUGCCUUGCUGUCAGCUUUCCGUUCUGUGCACCCUGGCCUGUCUGGAUGUGUAGUGAGCUCAGCCCCAAGAGUUCCAGUCAGUCUCUACUAUUUCCAUAUAAGUUUCAUGUUCGUGCCAGUAUCCCAGAACUGUCACCUCUCCACCUGCACCAAGUACCCAGUGCUGUGGAUAUGUGCCGCUGUCAACUUUGUGACCUGGACAGUCAAUGACCUUGGCCUCCCCUGCA